UCUAUAUGCAUAUAUAGAUAUCUAUAUAUACGUAUAUACACAUUUUAUGUGCAAACGUAUAUGCGCCGGCGCUCAAUUUCGCCAAUUCUCCCCUCCAAACACGGCGAGCGAGUAGAAUCAGUGGCAGAGAGGCAGAGGGAGAGAGUGAGAAAGAUAGAGAUAGGGAGAGAGAGAGAGAGAGAGAGAGAGAGAGAACGGCGAUCGACGGUUAAAGGAAAAGUGUCGAGUAGAGCGCGCGGGACUUUGCUACGAGGAAAGUGAAGAGGACAUUGUUUGGUUUUCUUUUGCCGUGAAGAGACGACAAGCGGUUGUUCGAUAUGGCGUUGAGAAAUCGAGCUAUUAAUCUGAAUGUUGCUAAUCAGGAGAAUGUGAAGAAUGUGAAAUCCAUGGCAAUAGUCUCGGGGCAAACGCGAAGAGCUGCCCUAGGUGAAAUAGGUAAUAGAGUUAUCGUUAAUAGGGCCAACGAAUUGACAGGUAAAACUAGUCAAACGGCAAAGGACAAAGUUUUGCAGAAGAAGCCAGUAUUAUCGAAACAGACACAGGUGAAGGUUGAUAAACUCGAGAAAGUCGUUCACAAAGUACAAGUGCAAAUAAUAAAACCAGUUGUGAAAGCUGAGAUACAAGUUGAUAAUCGCCCAUUGCCGGAGGCAAAUAAAAAUGAGACUGAUAGUAAUGCGAAUAAGAAAGAAACCGAAACUUCGAACGAAGUGAAGAAAGAGGCGGAUUCCUUUUCCUCGGAUUUAAUAACAAUCGAGGACAUUGACGAAGAGGAUAGAAAAAACCCCAUCCUCGUUUCUGUAUAUAGUAACGACAUUUAUGCGCAUCUGCGAGACUUGGAGAUGCAGUUUCCUGUGAAAAAAGGAUACUUACAAGGGCAAGAGGUCACCCCUAAAAUGAGGUGUGUACUUGUUGAUUGGCUGAUCGAAGUCCAUGAACAAUUUCAUCUAAUGCAAGAGACAUUGUAUAUGACAAUUGCCAUUAUUGAUCGCUUUCUGCAGGACUUUAGAUUAAUCACUCGCAAAAGGCUACAAUUAGUAGGUGUAACGGCUAUGUUUAUAGCCAGCAAAUACGAAGAAAUGUAUUCUCCGGACAUUAGUGACUUUGUGUACAUUACAGAUAAUGCUUACACAAAAUCAGAAAUUUUGCAGAUGGAAAUGAUUAUAAUAAAAACCCUUGAGUUUUCGUUUGGAAAACCAUUGCCAUUGCACUUUCUUCGGAGAUACAGCAAAGCUGGAAAGGCUCUGCCAGUUCAUCACACGCUGGCAAAAUACUUCCUAGAACAAUGCUUAGUACAUUACGAAGUCUGUCACCAUCCACCUAGCUUGAUAGCAGCUGGUGCAAUUUAUCUUUCCUUCCUUCUGCUGGGGAAUGAUAAUCUCCAGGAAGGCGAUGUUAUUUGGACAAAAACUCUGGUGCACUACAGUACGUACAGGACGAAGGAUGUAUUGCCUGUGGUGCAGGAGAUUUCUGCAAUAAUGGUAAAUGCGGAGAAGAGCAAGUAUCAAGCCGCGCGGAGGAAGUACACAAAUUCCAAGCAUAUGAAAAUUAGUCUGCGCCCGGAAUUGAAGUCUCCGACUUUGGUCGCCUUGGUGAAUCACAAGAAUUAAUGAAUCUUUUUGUAAUAUAGUACAAUGAAGUGUAUACAUAGUAGCGAUGCAUAAGGAUCUAUCGAGUGACUUUGUUAAUGUCCUUUUGGCAGCAUUACAAAAACAAAAUCUUUUUUAACAGCUCCUCUUAAUCCCAUCGAUACUCUUCUUUGUGCCAAAAUUGUAGAGAAAGAUCUAUUAUUCAUGAUUUUUUUUUUCCAUAUAUAAAAAAGUGAUUUUUUAAAAAUCAUCAAAAUAUCAAAUUCGGGAUUAUCUUAAGGCAGCCAUAAGUGCGUUUAUUAUUGUAUUUUUAAAAGAAUUUAAAAAGCCUUUCUAUGCAUUUU